AUGACUCCUCCACCUCCCUCACCGCCACCCACUAUCGCUGAACUAUCCGCCACCCUCAGUCAACUUCUCCACAGCCAACAAUCGUUUCAAUCUAGUGUUUCCGCUAACAUCAACGCUUUAACAUCUGAGUUUCAUGAUCUGCGAGCUCGCAUUCCACCACCAGGUUUUGCGUCCCCAUUCUCGUCGAUUGGAUCUGAGAUGCACUCCUUUCCCACUACUACCAUGAAGCUCGAUAUACCGCGCUUUAAUGGAACUGAUCCCUUGGGUUGGAUCUUUAAGAUCAACCAAUUUUUCGACUAUCACAUGACGCCGGAAGACCAACGACUUCGCAUCGCCUCUUUCUACAUGGAGGGCGAAGCUUUAGGGUGGUUUCAAUGGAUGCACAGCAACAACAUGCUACUCUCGUGGUCCGCUUUCUUACAAGCCAUUGAGUCCAGAUUCGCACCGUCGCUCUACAAAGAUCCCAAGGGUGCUUUGUUCAAACUUUGUCAAACUUCGUCCGUGAAAGAAUAUCAGGCUCAGUUUGAAUCACUCGCAAAUCGCAUCAUCGGACUACCACCUCCCUUUUACCUCAGUUGCUUCAUUUCUGGACUCAAACCGGCCAUCCGUCGAGAGGUGCAGGCGUUUCAGCCCCUUUCCCUUACUCAGGCGAUCCACUUGGCAAAACUUCAGGAAGAGAAAUACAUGGAUCGUACUCCAUUUCCUGCGAAAUCGUUCCAACCCGCCGCACCCACAACCGGAAGUUCAUCCUCCUCCUUCAAGCCUUCAAUCACCGUUAACCCACCUAAACCACCAACACCAAUCAAACGCCUUUCUCCAGACGAAUUACAAGCUCGAAGGGAAAAAGGGUUAUGUUAUAACUGCGACGAACGUUUUCACACCGGCCACCGUUGCCGCCGGUUAUUCCACCUUUUGAUUGUGGAACCUGAAGUGAUGGCGAACACCGACAUUCCUCCUACUGAGAACGAUUGGGAAACUCCUCGUGACUCACACCAAAUUGACGGGCCAGAACCGGACCCGGCCCAAAUCAGCCUUCAUGCCCUUAUGGGCCACUCGAUACCACAAACCCUUCGGGUCAUGGGCCAGAUCCGAACCAGUCCAGUGGCCAUCUUGAUUGAUAGUGGGAGUACCCACAAUUUUCUACAAGAUAGGGUAGCUAAACAAUUGGGCUUAAUGAUUGAAGCGGCCCAUUCUUUCAAAGUCUUAGUAGGGAAUGGAGAGGAGCUUCAAUGCUCUACCAUGUGUCGCAAUGUUUCUUUGAUUUUGGGCCAGCAGGAAUUUCACAUUGAUCUGUUUAUUCUUCCAAUCAGCGGUGCGGAGUUGGUUUUGGGGGUGCAAUGGCUCAAAACCCUAGGCCCAAUUGUCACGGAUUAUGAGAAGCUUACUAUGAGUUUCAACAAUCAUGGAACACCUGUUCACCUACAGGGCAUUCCCAAACCCGGCCCAAGCGAAGCAAACCUCCAUCAACUACAACGUAUGGUGGACACCAAUGCUAUUGACACGUGCGUACAAUUCCAAUUUCUCAACAAUGAAGCACACCUUCAUUCACCUCUCAUUCAUGAUGAACGAAUUUCCCAGAUUCUCACAAAAUACUCUCCACUAUUUCAAUCUCCAUCAUCACUACCACCUCAAAGACCGGCUGAUCACAAAAUUACCCUCACCAGUAACUCUGAUCCGGUGAAUGUACGACCCUAUCGCUAUCCUCAUUUUCAAAAGCAAGAAAUUGAAAACCAGAUUCGCGAAAUGCUCAAUCAAGGCCUCAUUCGAGCGAGCACCAGCGCUUUUUCCUCCCCAGUUCUUCUUGUUCGUAAGAAGGAUGGUAGUUGGCGAUUCUGCGUCGAUUACAGAGCGUUAAAUGCCAUCACUGUCAAAGAUAGGUUCCCAAUACCAGCCAUUGAUGAACUUCUAGACGAACUCUAUGGUACUCAUUGGUUUUCUAAGUUGGAUCUUCGCUCGGGGUAUCAUCAGAUACGUAUGACUUCCUCUGAGAUCCACAAAACAGCAUUUCGCACACACUUCGGGCACUACGAAUUCUUGGUUAUGCCCUUUGGGCUCUAUAAUGCUCCUUCGACAUUUCAGGCCAAUAUGAACCUCAUCUUUGAGCCGUAUCUGCGCCGUUUUGUUAUUGUCUUUUUUGAUGACAUCCUUGUCUAUAGCUGUUAA